GAAAUUUUAAUAAUAUGGGCUUGGACUAAGCCGAUGUACGGCUUGACUUCUCUUUCAUCCAUGAGCUGUUGGGUAAUCGAGUGCAAAAUGUAUUUAUUUUGUUUUCUUCUUAUCCGCGGCUUAGUUGCUGACAGAAUUAUUCUGAAUUUAAGAAGAAAAUUUAAAAGAAAUGUCCUUAAUCUUAGUCAUGGUUUUGAUCUGAUGAACUUUCCACAUACAAGCUGUUAUGUAAAAGUCUUAAUAGGAUUUUUGUACUUCAGUGGGACUGCUGCUGAUACGUGUGUGCUUAAUUUUGGAUCGCAGUUUGCCGAGUUUGCCGUUCCGAUCCGUUAUAAAUAGCUAAGUGAAAAACUCGAUUACAAUAAAUUUGAAGCCAUGGACGAGCAGGACGAGGGCCUUGAGAAGGCGAUCAUGGACACGGAGACAGUGGCUUUCAUGGCGCGGAUGAAGAAGCCGGUCGUCUGGUGCCGUCUACCAUUCGGGGUCAGGAUCGAGGAGUUGGAAACGUCAUACUACGAGGAAGUGGUCGACUUGGUCAAGCGGCACUACAUCCCGGACGAGCCGACCUUCAGGUCCGUCAAGAUGUCCCAGGACCAGGCGUCUAUGGACGAGUUUCUCUCACUCUGCAACGUGUGGAUACGUGACACUUGCAGUCUGGUAGCAGUCGAAGAAGGCGAGAAGAAAGCCGUCGGCGCUCUCAUAGGCAGGGUAUGCGUCUUGAAAGAUAUGAACUUCGAGUACUCUCUCAUUGAAGAAGAGCUGGUGUACGCGCCCCCGACCGAGACCUACCACGUGUCGAGCAUCGUGCUGAAAAAGGGAAGGAUGUCCAAAUCGCCAGUCCACAAGAAGCGAUCGUCGUCGAAGAAGACAAAGAGGAGGCAGACUUCCGGCGUCAACGGGCCUCGCGUUAAAACCGGCGGUAAGAAGAAGAAAGGUUCCAACAGCAGGGACAAUUCCAUGCCCUUCGACCCUCCGGUCAGGAGGGUGAACAGGUUCGAACGGCCCCACGAUAUGAUACCCAUGCCGAAGAAAAAAUGGGCCCCUGUGACUGUCUUUUACGACGAAGAUAUGAUGUAUAAGACAGAACCUCUGAGGACGGUGCAGACGACGAAGCACUUUAUUUCGAAGAAGUUUGACAUCUUCAAGUCGUUGUCCAAGAACAAGUACUACAAAAUAUACAUGGUGGUCGUUCACAGAGACUACAGGAGAAAAGGGAUUGGCAAGGCCCUUCUGAAGUGUCUGUUCUGCAUGUGCCGUGGCUACAGGAUCGAGGUGGCCGCCGGCAUCUACCCGUCGUUCAUAUCCCAGAACAUGUCCUUCAAACUGGGCGGAAGGAUCGGCUAUGAGAUGGCGUACGAGGACUACGCUCCGUUCGCCGGGGUUCCGGAGCCGGACUCCUCCCUCGCACUCAUGUACCACUUGAUACCGGCGUACGAGAACGGCAAGUACGUCGAAAAGGCGAGGGAACGGCAGCCAGUGUUGAGAAGGAAGCACCCUCAGUGAACACGUGCCCGUCGAAAACUGACGGGCUUCGAUCCAAGACGUCCCUGUGGACUUGCACCUUCGUAUGUUGGACGCGCAGAAGUGACAGACAUCUCAGCCAACAAAAUAUAUCGUGAUUUCACAUUC